UACACCGGAGUCCAGGCCCUUCCUGGGCUGUAAAGAAAUGGCGGAUGUUGAAUCUCUGUUCGAAUUCGUCCACAUGGAAAUUGUGGCGUACUUUCUCAAUAAACCUGGAAAAAAUGUCGAUAAUGAUGUUAUACAAAAUCUUGAACGCCUUGGGUUUGGAGUUGGGCAAAGACUUGUGGAAAGAUUCACUAAAGAUUCAGGUCGUUUUAAGGAUGAACUUGAGAUCAUGAAGUACAUUUGUAAAGAUUUCUGGACAGCUGUUUAUAAGAAGCAAAUUGACAAUUUACGAACAAACCAUCAGGGUACAUAUGUGCUCCAAGACAAUAAUUUUCAGCUGUUGACACAGAUGUCAGAUGGAAAGCAAUAUACAGAGGAUGCACCCAAGUUCCUAGCCUUUCCAUGUGGUCUUAUAAGAGGAGCUCUAUCAAACCUUGGUCUUUCCUGUUCAGUGAGUGCGGAUGUGUUAUCCAUGCCUAAAUGUAAAUUUCAAAUUGUCAUUCCAAAAUCAUAGCAAUGAUUUUACAGAAACUCACAUUUUAAAGGUCUCUUCGCUGAAUGGAAGAAGAGAUUUUUUCUUUCUUAAGACUGGUGAUACACCAGCACUGUAUGUGAGAACAUGCAAUAUUGACAAGUUGUAGAGCUACUGAAAAAAGAAAAGCCAAGUUUGAAGUUUUCUUGAACUUUACUAACUACAGAUUGUAAAUAAAUUAUCAGUUAUUUGUAGAAAGUUAAUGUAAUUGUAUAAAAAUGACAAUCUCUCAGUCUUGUAUCUACCUUGAAUUGUGUCCUAAUGUCAUUUCAAAGGUUUUGAUUUUCUUAGUGGUUGUGUUGGUGAAUGAUGAAUAUUAUUAGGUUUAUAAUCAAUGUAUUACAGACAACCAAUACCACAUUACUUUGGUCAUAAAAACUGGUGAUCGAUCUCAAAUAGUCCUAAUAAUCAUUGAUUGAAGCAUAUUGUUAAGUGUUUAUUCCUCUGCACUAUGAAUGUACCUAUCAUCUUAAAGAGGUAGGAUCCAAUGUGGUGAAAUGUUUGCAGUUUAUGUUGAUCAAGUUCAGAUGCAUAUGAUUUACAAAUGGUUGCUUUAAGAAUUUUGCAUUCAUUGUUAGAUCACUACGAUUUUCUUGUUUGCCUCUGCCUCAGAAACAGUGACCAGUUGUUUUACAAAUUGGGAAGCAUUUCCACAUAGGGAGAUGGUAGAGCUCUAAAUGAACAUUUUCCUUCUAUGUCAGAUAGGAAAUCUUUGUGGUAGCCUCUAGUAAGAUAUGGGAGCAUCCUGAUAUGACUAUUCAGUGAUGUGUUCCCUAUGCCAGACUUGAGUUAAUCAGUCACUGUAAUAUUCUAUGGAGGCUUUAAUAACCCUCCCCCUCACCCUCACUCUCCCUGUGGGGGCUUCCAGAUUGAGCAUUGUCUGGAGGGAAAGUUGGGAAGGGGUUUUAUUAUGGAGGGGGGUGAAUAAGAAACUUUAUUUUCUGGAUAAGUGGCUUUUUUUUUUAAGAGAGAGGAAUGUAAAGGGGCAUUUUUGUGACAUAUAUACAUGGAAGAAGGGCAAAAUAAUCCUUAGUACUGUAUUUUUUGUCUAGGCUUCUUAUGUCUCCAUCAUUUUCUUAUUUUUCUGGAUCUUUUGUCAUGAAGAAGACCUUUAAAUGGGACUCCAAAUGAUAACACUGUCAAAGACUGUAUUUGUGCAAUUAUGUGCAAGUUUAUCAUUGACAAAACAUUGUGAAGAACACUUUAUUUCCUUACAAAUGUGUGCAUGAGGUAGUUGCAUGAAAUGAAAACAAAUACACAAAGUUUUAGUGUA